GGCCUCCUUCCCGGGGUUAACAAUGUCAGCAAAUUUGAAAAAAGUAAUCUAGCGGUGUUUUCUCUUGUAUUUGUUUUCCUUCUCUAACUCCUCCUCGAUGAUAAAUCAAUCAUCUGGUCCAGCCAACGUGGAGGGGUGGAGAAAGGAGCGACUGGAGAUUGUCAACUUAAGUCUCCAUUCUUCGCCGCGAAGCCAAGAGCUGCGUCUAAUAAAUCCUCCUCGAUUCUUGUAUCGCCGGAUUCCGGGAUCGGCUCCUGCGAUCUUUUCCUUUCUAUCUCUCGCUCUCUUCCUUUCCCUCUCGCACUUUUGCUGUCGGAUCGAUAAAUCGAUACACUCGGCCUAGGGUUUCUUCCCAGGGGGAGGACAUAUCUUUCUCUCCCUCUUCCUCCUUUCUCUCGUUAGGAAAAAGAAAACAAAGAAAAAGUCCUUCCGCCGCCGGUCUUCUCAGCCCCCAUCUCUUCGUUCCUUGUUCCUUUUUUCCCCUUCCUUCUCUUUGUUUUUCUUUUUCUGGUGCUUUGUUUUGUUUCUCUCAUGAAGGCAACCUGACCUUGUUUUAGUUUUGGGGGAAGGGCAAGAUACGUUCAUUCUCUUCUUCUGUUUCUUGGGAAAAAGAGGGGAAAAAGGAAGGAGAAGAAAUUCUUGCGGGGGCUCCGGUGCGCUGCUGACCAGCGAGAAGAGGGGGCGGGGAGAUCUCCAAUGAGCGUCGAGGAAUAAUAAGCGCAGGGCGAUAAAUGGGGGCCAGAAAGGUCGGCAAGUACGAGGUCGGCCGGACCAUCGGGGAGGGCACCUUCGCCAAGGUCAAAUUCGCCAUCAACAGCGAGACCGGAGAAAGCGUCGCUAUGAAGGUCCUCGCCAAGACCACCAUCCUCAAGCAUAAGAUGGUCCAUCAGAUCAAGAGAGAAAUAUCUAUAAUGAAGAUUGUCAGGCACCCCAACAUAGUCAGGCUACAUGAGGUUUUGGCUAGCAGGACAAAGAUAUACAUCAUUCUAGAACUUAUCAGAGGAGGCGAACUCUUUGAUAAAAUAGUUCACCAAGGAAAGCUCCAUGAGGAUGAAUCCAGGCGGUACUUCCAACAGCUUAUUGAUGCAGUUGAUUAUUGCCAUAGCAAGGGUGUCUACCAUAGAGAUUUGAAGCCUGAAAAUCUUCUUCUUGAUUCUCGAGGAAACUUAAAAGUUUCAGAUUUUGGUCUUAGUGCACUUCCACAACAAGGAGUUGGACUUCUUCACACAACCUGCGGAACCCCAAAUUAUGUUGCUCCUGAGGUACUCAGCCAUGAAGGUUAUGAUGGUUCUGUAGCAGAUGUAUGGUCAUGUGGAGUUAUCCUAUAUGUUUUAAUGGCUGGAUACCUUCCUUUUGAUGAGACUGAUCUUCCAACCUUGUAUAGAAAAAUCAACACAGCAGAAUUUUCCUGCCCACCUUGGUUCUCUUCAGGAGCUAAAUUGUUGAUACAUAAAAUACUUGAUCCAAGUCCAAAAUCUCGCAUUCACAUUGAAGGAAUAAAAAAUGAUCCAUGGUUCCGGAGAAAUUAUGUUCCUGUUAGACAUGGUGAGGAGGAAAAAGUUAAUUUGGAAGACGUUCAGGCUGUUUUCAAUGAUAUUGAGGAUCAUUAUGUAACUGAGCAGGUAGAAACUAAAGAUGGAGGCCCUCUUAUAAUGAAUGCCUUUGAGAUGAUUACUCUGUCUCAGGGCCUGGAUCUUUCCGCAUUAUUUGACAGAAGGCAGGAUUGUGUGAAACGUCAGACUCGUUUUGUGUCACGCCACCCAGCAAGGACCAUCAUAGCAACCAUUGAAGCUGUUGCUCAGUCAAUGGGUCUCAAGGUUCAUUCCCAAAACUACAAGAUGAGGCUUGAAGGAGUGUCCUCAAAUAAGAUGGGCCAAUUUACUGUUGUACUGGAGGUUUUUGAAGUUGCCCCUUCCCUUUUCAUGGUUGAUGUUCGGAAGGUUGCUGGUGAUACACUCGAAUAUCACAAGUUCUACAAGAUCUUAUGUGGUAAGCUGGAGCAUAUCAUCUGGAGACCGGCAGAAGCAGCUGCUAAAUCUUUCACUUCCUAGGACAAACAAAUUGCUGAUUUAUUUUUGAGAGAGACAACAUGCCGAUCAACUCUGAGAUUUGUUGCAAAUGUAAUUAUUGUUUGUAGAGCUCAGCGCAUAAGCAUUUGAGGAUUAACAUGACAGGGGCCAGCUAUUGUUGCCACUGCCAACCAUAUAUCAAACCAGUUUGAGGUAUUUCAGUGUAUUUGUGUAAAGCAUCACUCAAAAGGCUUCCUUGAAAUGCCGUGUUAGUGUUGUUGGCCAUUAUUAUGUGCAAACAAUGGAUUCUGUAUGGAGUUGCAAUAUGUAGAUACAUGAUAAUCCAUGAGAUCACUAGUAGUGAAGUUUGUUGAAGAUCUUUUCUGUUCUCUUUUGACAAACAUGAUUAGAUUCUUUCCAAGGCUUGUUGUCUGCCUGAGCAUGUUGUAUGUCAUUAGUUUGCCGAGGAUCAUUUCUAUUCUCUCUUUUGACAAACAUGAUUAGAUUUUGUUCU